AUGAAGUUCACGCAGGUCGCACUUCCUGUUCUUUUCUCUACGGCUAUUGCAGCACCUACCAAGACCAUCAAGGAGAGGUCAACUGAGAUUUGUGGACAAUAUGAUUCCUUGGUGACUCGCACAUACACAGUUUACCAAGAUCUUUGGGGUGAAGACAAUGCAAGUUCUGGUUCGCAAUGCACGACAAUUGAUUCGGAAACCGAUGGUACUGUUGUUUGGUCGACGAGCUGGACCUGGGCUGGUGGAUCUAGUGAUGUGAAGAGUUAUGCAAAUGUUGCUCUUACUACUACUGGUGUUGAGCUUUCUGCCAUCUCGUCGAUUCCUGGUGUUUGGAAGUGGAGCUAUACAGGAACAUCUUUAGUCGCAGAUGUCUCUUGGGAUAUGUUCACUAGCUCAACUGCUACGGGAUCCAACGAAUUUGAAAUCAUGGUUUGGCUCGCAGCUCUGGGCGGUGCUGGACCUAUCUCUUCCACAGGAUCGGCUAUUGCGACAAUGACUAUCAACGAUGUUUCUUUUGAGCUGUACUCCGGACCGAACGGAGAUACUACAGUCUACAGCUUUGUUGCUGUAGAUGAAGCCACUGAUUUCUCUGGCGACCUCUUGGAUUUCUUCAACUAUCUUGUGGACAAUGAGGGAUUCUCAACGAGUCAAUUCAUUACUACUUUAGAGGCGGGAACGGAACCGUUCACAGGUAUUUGUGUUUCCUUCUGCCCAUCUCACAACUAUAUUAAUUAUAUUUCCUAG